CGGUCAGCAACGGCUCGGUGCGUGCUGCUUUCGGUUCUUUGCAGGAAGUUUGUUUUUCUUUUCUGGAACAGUAAAUUGGUGUUAAAUUGUGGAAAAAAUAGUUAGUUGAUGGACUUUUCGAUUAACAAAGCUGCGUAUUUAAUGGAAGACAUCGAUUGGAAGAAGCUCUAAUGAAGAACUGCUGCGAAAUUCUACAGCAUAAUUAAAUUAAGUGCAUUACGUAAUUGGGUACAGCAGUGGAAGGGGUUCCAAGUUCAAAAUAUACAUUUAACUGUCUCAUUAUUGUGAAAAUCAUUAAGUAUACCGUGCCGUCGGUUGGUGUUCUAGUUGGAUUAACUACUCAAUAUGAAGAUCCCGUGACUAAACCUCAGCAAGGAAUGCGCCAAACCAAGUGAAUAAUCCACCCGCCAAAUCAAUAAUCCUCGCAAUACCAGCUAAAUUCCCCUGAUAGCUGUCGGAACUUGUAGGGAUUUCGCAAAACGAACCAAAAGCAAUAGAACAAAGAAGUCCUGAAAAGAGUAACCGUCAACCUCCGACCGAUGGUCAGUCGAAGAGUAAUAUCCGCGCAAGUGUGAAUCAUGAAGAAGACAACCGAAUCCCGGGAGAACCUGGUCAACUCGGUGGGCUCGCUGGCCACCAACACCGACGAUGGUCGCGGUGGGAUGGAGGCGGACGUCGAUGGGAAAUCGAUCAGGAGUGCCGUUUCGGAGUUCGACCGGGAAAUUCCCGAGUUGAUUCUGACGAAAACGGAGAAGAAGUUUCUGCUCAGUGCCGAACGGGGUGAUUGCGCAACUGUUCGAAGGAUCAUCCUGGAUAACAAGAACGACCCGGACGAGUUUGACAUCAACUGCGUGGAUCCGCUGAACCGUUCCGCUUUAAUUGCCGCCAUCGAGAAUGAAAACAUCGAACUCAUCCGGUUGCUACUAACGGAGGGAAUCAAAGUUCAGGAUGCACUGCUGCAUGCCAUCAAGGAAGAGUACGUGGAAGCGGUGGAAACUCUGCUCUUAUGGGAGGAGGAAAAUCAUAUUCCCGGUGAUCCCUACAGCUGGGAAGCCGUGGAUCGUUCAUCGUCCUCCUUCACCGCCGAUAUCACCCCGCUCAUUUUGGCAGCCCACAAAAACAACUACGAAAUCCUGAAGAUUCUUCUGGAUCGAGGAGCAACUCUUCCGAUGCCGCACGACGUUCGCUGCGGAUGCGACGAGUGUGUAACAUCGAGCGAGCAGGACUCCCUCCGCCAUUCCCAGUCACGCAUCAACGCCUACAAAGCACUGUCGUCCAGUUCGUUGAUUGCACUCAGCUCCAAGGAUCCCAUCUCGACCGCCUUCCAUCUGUCGUGGGAACUGCGACGGCUCAGCCGGAUGGAGUCGGAGUUCGGGGCCGAAUAUUCGACCAUGCGACUCAACGUGCAGGAGUUCGCAACAUCUCUGCUGGACCACGCCCGGACCUCCAACGAGCUGGAGAUCAUGCUGAACUACGACCCGGGAGCCAUCGACAACUGGGAACCGGGCGAGCGACAAACCCUGGAUCGAUUGAAGCUGGCUCUCAAGUUCAAACAGAAAUUGUUCGUAGCCCACCCGAACGUCCAACAGCUGCUGGCAGCGAUCUGGUACGAGGGUCUACCCGGGUUCCGCCGCAAGUCCCCCAUCGGGCAGAUCGUGCAGGUGGCCAAGCUCGGGGCCAUGUUUCCGGUGUACAGCAUGAUCUACAUGGUGGCCCCGGACUCGCUGAUGGGUCAGUUCAUGAAGAAACCCUUCGUCAAGUUCAUCGUCCACUCGGCCAGCUAUGCGUUCUUUCUGAUGCUUUUGGGUGCUGCUUCGCAGCGAGUCGAAUACUUGGCAAUCGAAUGGUUCGGACCGGAUUGGCUGCAGGAAAUAUUGACGGAAUGGAAACGGAAGGAACGGGGCUCGCUACCUGGGAUGGCGGAGUGUUUGGUCAUAAUCUAUGUCAUAAGUUUGAUCUGGCACGAGAUAAAAUCGCUCUGGAACGACGGACUGGUCGAAUACGUAACGGAUCUCUGGAACAUUGUGGAUUUCAUCUCGAACUCGUUCUACAUAGCGUGGAUGAGUUUGCGGUUAACGUCCUGGUACACGGUUUGGCGUGAUGCCAGAGCAGGUCUGAAUCCGUGGUAUCCCCGUGAGCAGUGGGACCAAUUUGAUCCGAUGUUGCUAUCGGAAGGAGCCUUCGCUGCUGGGAUGAUCUUCUCGUUUCUCAAGCUGGUUCACAUAUUCUCGAUCAAUCCUCAUCUGGGGCCGCUGCAGGUUUCGCUCGGCCGUAUGAUCAUCGACAUUAUCAAGUUCUUCUUCAUCUACACGUUGGUGCUGUUUGCGUUCGGUUGCGGUCUCAAUCAGUUACUCUGGUACUACGCCGUGCUGGAGAAGAACAAAUGCUACCAUCUUCCGUCGGGGCUGCCGGAUUUUGAAAACAAUGAAAAAGCCUGCGGCAUCUGGCGUCGGUUCGCCAAUCUGUUCGAAACGUCCCAAUCGCUGUUUUGGGCCUCGUUCGGCCUGGUAGACCUGAUGGCAUUCGAGCUGGCCGGUAUCAAAAGCUUCACUCGCUUCUGGGCUCUGCUGAUGUUCGGAUCGUACAGUGUCAUCAACAUUAUCGUGCUGCUGAACAUGCUGAUUGCCAUGAUGAGCAACAGCUAUCAAAUCAUUUCGGAACGUUCGGACAGCGAAUGGAAAUUUGCCCGCUCCCGGCUAUGGAUGAGUUACUUCGAAGACGGUGACACCCUUUCGCCCCCGUUCAAUCUCAUGCCUUCGAUCAAACUCGUGUACAAGAUGUGUGGUUUUUGCAAAUGCGACCAGAAGAAACGGCCAACGACGAGCAUAAUGAAACGCAACCGGGAAAAAUCACAGCGACGCCACGAGAACGUAAUGAGAUUACUGGUCCGGCGAUAUGUGACGGCCGAACAGCGCAAACGGGACGACUUUGGCAUUACCGAGGAUGAUGUUAUGGAAAUUCGGCAGGAUAUCAGCACCCUGCGGUACGAGCUGAUUGAUAUUUUGCACCAGAACGGCAUGAGGACUCCGAACGUCAAGGCUCAGGACGCUUCAAUUGCCGGUAAGAAGGGCCGUGUCAUGGAGCGCCGCAUCCUGAAGGACUUCCAGAUCGGCUUCGUCGAGGGUAUCCUCAACGAGACGUUCAACAAUGCCAGCGAAAAGCCGGCGGAUGUGUUCAGCACCAUCGCCAAAGCGAUCGGCAGCCGUACCAGCGCCAAGAAGAAGAGGCCCGAGGACUGGAACGCCCUGGUCCGCAAGAACACAUCGGUUCGCGAUCCUAUCGGAAACUCCUCGGAAGCCAUCAUGCGUCGAAGUCAGAUGAGCUUGAGAAAACAGAUCAUCGAAGGCUGCGAGCAGGGAUUGGACAUGAACACCGACAAUCUGGUGGAGUUCAAUCCGAAGCUGUCGGAGGUGACGCCGGUGACUCGGGUGGCCUACGUCAAGUUUAUGACGACCAAGUUGAAAAAGGACUUGGGCAAGGACAAGGACCAGGAAAAAGACGAGACCAGCUUCGAGAACGAGCGCCGGGGAUCGUCUAAACGGGGCUCACUGAAGAAGCUGGUGGAAAUGAAGGACAAGAUCAAUAGCAUCGAUACCGAUGCCAAAGCGGAGAAGAAGUCCCCCGUGAAGGAAACAGAAAUUCCUCUCAAAGAAUCUGCGCCAGCUGCUCCAGCACCGGUUGCGGAUGAACCACCCGAAAUCAUCACCAGUACGGCCUUCAAGGAGGAAAAGGACGACAUCAGAAUCGACCUGAGCCGGGUCCGCGUACGUUCGCCAAUCAUGGAAGAUCCCGAUGAAGUCCUGAGCGAAAAUGGCGAACGCUGUCCGACGCCCAUCCGUACCAACAGUAUUCCCGAACGUCCGGAAACCCCCAUUCCAAGCAAUAGCCCACCGCUGGAUAAGAAAACUGACUGCGGCAAGCCCAGCAGUGCCGAGGUCAGCAAAGCCGGUUCCAUAAUAAGGGGCAAGGAAGCUAGUCCUCCCAAAUCAGAGUCGAGUGUUGGCAAGGACACCCUUUCGCCAUCCAAUUCGGCCAAGUCCGACACGCCAAGGCCCCGUUCCCGUUCACCAACUCCCGCCCGGCUUGAACCGCCGGCACCAAGCUCUCCAGUUCGCUCAUCGUCCCCGGCCUUUUCGGACAAAGGCAAAUCGAAAAUCACCGGCAGAACGUUGGGUGGUUGGAUGUAACACGUUGACCCCUACCACCUCAAAUUCAGGCUUUGUCUUGGUCGCUUUAAUCCCCAGUGAAUUGGAUGGAAAAUUCGGUAACUUUUCUCACGGUUUGUCAGCACGGCUCUCGUUCGUUCAAGGUAGGUAUUUUGGUAAUUUAAGCGUUCAUUAUUUUAGUAGGAUCCAUUAUGGCAAAUAAAGCGAACUCAGUUUGAUUUCAAUGUAAUAAUA